CGGCGCCUCCUCCCCUUCCUUCCCAAGGGCGGCGGGAGGCUGCCCUGAGGGGCGGGCCGGCGGGAACGGGGUUUUGCCGCUGUUGAAGUGAGCUGAGCGUAAUAGCUUGAAGUUAGAAUAGUUUGAAGUAACAAAGAUUUCCCGUUCUCUCCCAAGCACCGACACAGAGAAAGCUGAGUUGUAUCGGGGACAGUUUUUCACUAACUUCGUCCUCGGUUUUGUAUUCAGCAGCGUAUACUGAACAGCGAAAUGUCCUCAAAGAAGAAAAUAAAGAAGACACAUAGCAGCUAUAAGGUAGAGGAGCACAAAGCCGACUCCAAUCUUCGCUGGAAGUCGCUUCCGCUUGAGGAACCGGAUGUCUCGAGGAUAUUGAAGGUAGCAGAAACAAAUCAGCUUGAGGAGCUUGAUGAUUCCUUUGAUCACCCUUUGCACAGUACUGCUGUGGAUGCUUAUGGAGAGGGACAUUCCCAAAACGAGGCGCUCGGUCGUGUUUCAGCAUCACAAAGGCAAAAUACGGACAGACAGCCUGCUGGGAAGAAAAAAAAAUUUAAAAAACCACGUCACUCAAAGCCUUCCAAUGGUGAUGUUGAGGAAUUCAACGCAGCUGAUGCUGGAGAGGAACCCCUUAAGGAGAAUGUGGCAAGAGAGGAGCAGCCUUCAGAGGAGAGCCCAUCAGAUCCUUCUGUGGAUAGCCCACUUUCUGUACAGGUUUGGUGUCCCAAAGAGCUGAAGAGAUCUCCUAGAGAUAUUACAGAACUGGAUGUUGUUCUGGCCGAAGUUGAGAAGAUAGCAGCAAAUUACAGACAAAGCAUAGAAUCAAAUACUUGCAGAAAGGCUAUCAGUGACUUUUCUUCUGCUUUCAAGGAUCAGAUCACUGAUCUUAUAGCAGAAGUCCAGGAAUUAAAGAAUAUGAAGAGAAAAAAUGCUAAGGCAAUAACCAACAUCAAAAAGAAAAGGCAGCAACUGGUGCAAGCCAGAGAAGAGCUAAUUGGGGCUGAACCACAACUGACACAACUACAAAAAGAAUAUGCUGAGUUACAGGAAAGGAAAUCUUCCUUGAGGCAAACAAUUGAAUUAAUUACUGAUUUAAAGGAGAUACAGCAAGACUGUUUGGAUUAUAGAGAAGAAAACCCAAAAGAAAAAGUGGUAUAUGGAACUUCCAGCCUCCCUGCUCUUCUGGUGGAGUCUCAGAGAAUUCUAGGAGCAGAAAGGCACUUUGAGAGUAUCAAUAUGAAAUUGGAAGAGGCUCUGGCUGCACAAAAAGAGCAGAAAUCAAAGAAAAAUUAAGUGUCUUUUUAAGACUUUCAGACAUGCAGUAGGAACAGUUAUUAAGAGUUGUCAGUGCUUAAAGCUUGUUUGAUCAUUGUUACUCUGUUUUGUUUCAGUGUUUAAAAGAAGUCAACAACUUAGAGAUUGUAUCUUUUUAUUGUCAAAUAGUCUCAGAAUAUCAAUGAAAGGAAAUAGUGAUCCCAGUUAAUAAAACUUUUCUGUACUCUGAACAAUGCUGGGUGUUAAUCUUGUCCUGUUAAAGUAAUGUUGAGAGAAAUACAUUCAUAAAGAGAACACAGACUCUGGUUCAACAAAGAUGAAUAAACAAAUCUUUUUAUUAAAUUUGAAUUUGAAAUAAAUUAUUUAAUCUCA